AUAUUAGGAUAUAAUUUCUGAGGUCAGUGCACUAGGCCCAAGCAUCGAGAUGGCCUCGUCCGCCGACAGCCUUUCUGAUACAGAAGGCAACGGGAAGGAGAGAGGUAACUGGUCACACAAAUGCGACUACCUCUUCACAAUGGCGGGCUAUGCCAUCGGGCUCAGCAACGUGUGGCGAUUCCCUUACCUAUGCUACAUAAAUGGCGGAGGAGCGUUCCUGAUUCCAUAUCUGCUGAUGCUGGUGUUGGUGGGCAUUCCGCUGUUCUUCCUGGAGACGGCCGUUGGGCAGUUCAGCUCAUCCAGUUGCCUCACUGUUUUCUCUGUUUGUCCGGCUUUCAAAGGUCUUGGCAUGGCGUCCAUUGCUAUCAACCUAAUGACCCUGACGUACUACAUUGUCCUUGUGUCGUUCCCCGUCCUGUUCCUCACCUACUCUUUCAGCUGGGAGCUCCCUUGGGCUUCGUGCGGAAACAGCUGGAACUCGGCCAACUGCACGGUUGGUAGGCCCCACGAAAGCGCUAACAUGGAAGACGGCGUUUCUUCAGCUGAUGAAUUCUUUCAAUCAUAUUUAUCUUGUGAUAUAGUUUAUUAUUACAAGAUUCUAAUGACCUCUGUUAAUGAUUCUCAGUGCAUUUCGGACGCCACUAAGUUGUCUAAUAUGUGUCCACUUGUUCUCUGA